AAUUCAAAAGAUUCUCCUCUUAAUGAGGGAGAAAGGAAAGGGCAUUUUGGUAAUAAUAUUAAAGCACGGUGCUUUGUCUCAACGAUGACAGCAUCAUUUUUUUUCAUAUAUUUUCCCGUCUCCGGACAACUACCGAAAGGGUGAAGAAACCGAACCAGUUGAAGACUCCCGAACCAUCAACCUUUGCGGUUCCAGAGGCCAUCGGGUAUAUCGUUUUUCCCGAGAAAGCGACGCUUCCCGACUGUUGUUUCUGGGAAAAGUAUAGUUACCGAAGAAAACUUUUUGGCUCCAGCUUCCAGCAGUUUAAUUGAACGGGCUUUCCUGUUCGUUUUCCCGUGAUUUUCAAUUGGCGCGUGCAUUUUAUUUUAUAUUUAUGUAUUGAAGGGUUUUUUUUUGUAUUGGAUUAAUGGUCUGUUUGGCUUCCGGAAGUGAAAAGUAAGCGAAGAAAUCGAAAAUCGAAAAUUCAUUUUGGUUUCAUGUUUGUGGGAUUUUGGCGAAUGCAUCAAUGAAAACUGUAAAGUUCAAAGUUUGUUUCUUUUCUGGUUUCUGGUGUGUUCUCGGCAACCGAACGGAAUUAAGCUUAAUGUGCUAUUGGGUUGAGUGACUGCUGUCUCGUAUGCGUCCGUAAAAUAACUUGAAAUCUACUCUUUACUGAGAUUCUGUUUGUUUAGCGGGAAAAUCAGUGUACAAGUCCGAUUUGAGGAUUUUAUCUGUUGUGCAAGUCUCUGCGUGUGAAAAUCUUAUUUGAGAGAUCAUUUUGGCUUGGUGAAAAACUUAACUGAGUUUAUCAUCUUUCUCCCCUUUUCCAUUCAGUUUUCUCUGGAUUGAAAAAAUUUAUUUGUAUUUAUAGUCGGAGAUGUAUUUUUCAAAUUUUUUAUCUUAUUUUUCAUCCAUAGAUGUUGAUAGAUUGGUAUUGGCUUUUCUUUUGCGCUUUCUUUUCUUGUAGUUCUUUAUAAGGCUGCGUUAAACAUUUGUCGGAUGUAUGUUGUUGAUUUACACCUUAAUUUUUGUGUGAAUUUUUCUCUGCUUUGGUGUUUUUAAGUUGAACUGGAAACUAAAACGAAGUCAUAUUUUAAAUAUCAUGAUAAUUAGGGCAUUGGCUUUCGUCCUGAUUGGGUUUUUGGAUUUUUGGAAAACUUGCAGGGUUAACCAUCUUCAUAGUGUCUGCUGUCAAUUGUUCGCACAGUUUUCCAUUAUGGGCCAUGAAUAUCGAAUUUUAUGUCAAUCGGAAACCAGGAGACUCACAUUGCUAAUGGGAGCAAUAUGUAUUAUGGUUUUAGUCCUUCAGUAUUUUGAACUACCAUAUGGCAACGCCUUAUCGUCCAUAUUUUCUUCCGGAAAGGUUCCCGCACCUGCAAAUGCUACCUACUUAACAGGGAAUUCAUCAGUUGAAUCUGAGAUUGUCAGUAACACGAGGCCUUUGGAUGGUCCGAACUCUACUGAUACACUUGCAGUUCAGGGGUUAGUGAAUGAUACUUCAAGUGCUGGCAUGGAGGAAAAGGAUGCAGAGAGGAAGAAUCAUACUGUGUCAAAAAAUAAUAGAGGCUCUGGUGAUAUUUUUUAUGAGGGUAGUAGCCCUAAAAAUGAGUCUUCGCAGGGGAAUAAAAAAGGGCCUCAUACGAAUUCAACUGUGGAGAACGUUAAAAAUUCAGAUUUUGGGCUUUCUCCUGAAAAUGCUAGAGAACCAGUAAAUGACAGCAAUGUUGGUGAGAAAAAUUCUUUACUGGACAAUAUUCAGAAAGUAAAAGAGUCUAAAGACGCUUCUAUAUUAGAAAAAAGUGAACUCCCAAAUGCCACUCAAACAUCUCCUCCACCUGCACUGCCACCAAUUAUUUUGUCAAGCAAUAUAAUCCCUCCGACUAUUUCUGAUGCACAUCCAAUAGCUCCUGUGGUAUCUGUUGGUCCGGGGGCAUCAACUUGGGUGAAUGUUUCAACACAUGCUAAUGAGGAUGACAAACAUAAAACAUUGCAUGGAGAAUUUGCUACCACGGAAAAUAAUUCUUCUCGGACAAGUGUUCCUCCUGUGAAGAAGGAACCUAAGAGACCAAAAGCAGAAGUUGUGACUAUAUCUGAGAUGAACAAUUUGUUACUUCAGAGUCGUGCUGCAUCUCAUUCAACGGAACCUCACUGGCCUUCACCAGUGGAUCAAGAACUGUUAAAUGCAAAAUUGAUGAUUGAGAAUGCACCAAUCUUGAAUGAUGAUGCAGGAUUGUAUGCUCCUCUUUAUCGGAAUGUUUCAAUGUUUAAGAGGAGCUAUGAAUUGAUGGAACAGACGCUCAAAGUUUACAUCUACAGGGAAGGUGCAAAACCAAUAUUUAAUCAGCCACAGUCAGUGCUCCAAGGAAUUUAUGCAUCUGAAGGAUGGUUCAUGAAGCAGCUUGAAGCAAACAGACAAUUUGUCACCAAAAAUCCAAGAAAAGCCCACCUCUUUUACCUACCUUUUAGUUCUCGUAUGUUAGAGGAAACCUUAUAUAUGAGAAAUUCACACACUUUUGCAAACCUAAUACAAUAUUUGAAGGAGUACCUGGACAUGAUUGUCACAACACACCCUUUUUGGAACAGAACGGGUGGCGAAGAUCAUUUCCUUGUUGCUUGUCAUGACUGGGCCCCAUUUGAAACGAAGAAACUUAUGGCUCCUUGCAUAAGAGCCCUAUGCAAUUCUGAUAUCAAAGAAGGCUUCAAAUUUGACAAGGAUGUGUCUCUUCCAGAAACAUAUGUUCGCUUGCCUCGAAACCCUCUUAGGGAUCUUGGAGGGAAACCUCCUUCCAAAAGGAAAAUUCUUGCAUUCUUCGCAGGGAAUUUGCAUGGCUACGUGCGCCCAAUUUUGUUGAAGUACUGGGAAAACAAGGAUCCUGAAAUGAAGAUCUUUGGUAAGAUGCCGAGAGCAAAGUACGUCCAGCACAUGAAAAGUAGCAAGUACUGCAUUUGCGCAAAAGGUUAUGAAGUGAAUAGUCCGCGUGUUGUCGAGGCCAUCUUCUAUGAGUGUGUCCCAGUGAUCAUAUCUGACAAUUUUGUGCCACCAUUUUUUGGAGUUUUGAACUGGGAAUCCUUUGCAGUUUUCAUCAUGGAGAAGGAUAUUCCAAAUUUGAAGAAUAUACUUCAAUCAAUCCCACGCAGGAAAUAUUUGCAGUUGCAAAUGAGGGUUAAAAAGGUACAGCAGCAUUUUCUCUGGCAUCCUAGGCCUGUGAAGUAUGACUUGUUUCAUAUGAUCAUCCACUCUAUUUGGUACAACCGAGUUCUUCAAGUUAAACAAAGAUAGUAAAAUUAGUUUACCCAAUGAGGGUGUACAAAAUGGUCAUUUUUUUUAUAGUAGAUAAAUAAAAAAGGUGCUGAUAGGAAUAGGAAUUGAAUAGAAAAGAUUAUCAUUAUUUUUUUGCUUAUGAAUUGUUGCUAUUUAUAUGAUGGAAUUUAACCAUUUGAUUUUUGCAAGAA